AUGCUCUUCAUCAGGUCCACGUUGGUACUGUUGGUGUUGGCCUUCAAUUUACAAUGUUCUUGGGCAUUUUCAGACUAUUUGUUGAAGACAUGCGCCCAGUCCGGCUUUUGCCAUAGAAAUAGGCAGUACGCUAGCAACAUCCAAGAGUCGAAAAGAUCGCCAUAUUCCAUUGAUCCAUCACAUCUUAUCUUCAAUGAUCCGCUCCACACACUGCGGGGAACAGUUGUGAAACGAAUUCCCCAAGAAAAUGGUUCAGAACAAGUAAUUGAGUUGCCAUUUACAUUAGACUUGCUGGAGGGCUCUAAAGCUCAUUUCACAAUAGACGAGUUAAGAGAUCCCGUAAAUGUCAAAGAACCAUUGAAUACCAGAAGAUAUAAUGAAACCCUCUCUUGGGCGCUUCAUGAAUCCGCUAACUUGUUUCCUACUCCUAAUGUUAAGGUAACUAAGCCAAAGUCACUUAGCAGAGACAAGCAGCUAAUUUUAAAAAGCGAGGACAAAUCAAUAAAGAUGAAGCUUCACUUGAAAACCUUCAAAAUUGAGGUGUUCUAUAUGGAGGAUUUAGUCAUGACCAUCAAUGAUCGUAUGUUACUCAAUUUAGAGCACCUGAGAAAGCCUGAAAACAACGCCGAAAAUAAACUUCCUGAGGAAAUCAUCUUCAAUGAUUUCCAUGACGAUUUUCAAUAUUCACGUGAGGACACAAUUCCAUUUGGGCCUGAAUCCGUUGCUUUAGAUCUAACAUUUAAUGGGAUGGAAAAUGUGUACGGAAUUCCGGAACAUGCGGAUAGUCUGAGACUCAAAGACACCACCGAUAGUGAUCCGUACAGACUUUUCAAUGUUGACGUCUUUGAGUAUAACACCGAUUCCAAAAUGCCAAUGUAUGGAGCCAUUCCUCUAAUGAUUGGUACCAGACCAGGAGUGUCUGCCGGUGUUUUUUGGGCAAAUGCGGCAGAUACGUGGAUUGACAUCAAAUAUGAUGAGAGUAACACCAAAACUCAUUGGAUUUCAGAAGCUGGUAUCAUUGAUGUGAUAAUUUUCUUUGCUGAAACUCCUUUGGAGAUUACAAAAGCAUACACAAAUUUAACGGGCACGCCAUCUUUACCAUUACUCAGUGCUGUCGGGUAUCAUCAAUGUAGAUGGAACUAUAAUGAUGAGCGUGAUGUAUUGACCGUUGAUUACGAGAUGGAUAAAGCUGAAAUACCAUACGAUUUUAUUUGGUUGGAUCUCGAGUAUACCGAAGACAAGAAGUAUUUCACCUGGAAGCCCGAGGCCUUCCCAAAUCCACAAAAAAUGCUCAAGAAGCUAUGGAAAGUGGGAAGGAACAUGGUCACCUUAAUUGAUCCUCAUAUAAAAGUGGGUUACGAUAUAAGUGAGACGAUUGAGAGAUCAGGAACAGCUGUCAAAAACUCCAUUAAUGAAAUCUAUCAUGGUCAUUGCUGGCCUGGCGAAUCAAUUUGGAUCGAUUCUUUUAGCAGAAAAGCGCAAGGCGUAUGGGGCAAAUUUGUUAGUAAAUUUGUUAAAAAUGCUAACAAUCUUUUCAUUUGGAAUGAUAUGAAUGAACCUUCCAUUUUCAGUGGUCCAGAAACCACUGCUCCAAAAGAUUUAUUACACGACGGUGGCUAUGAAGAAAGAUCUGUUCAUAAUCUUUAUGGACUCACCCUGCAUGAAACUACGUACAACUCACUAAAACAGGGGUAUGCGAAGGAAAAUAAACGACCAUUUGUUCUCACCAGAGCUUUCUUUGCGGGCUCACAAAGAAGUGCUGCCACAUGGACUGGUGACAACGUAGCCAAUUGGGAUUAUUUAAAAAUUUCCAUUCCAAUGUGCUUAACGAACAAUAUUGCUGGAUUUCCCUUUAUCGGAGCUGACAUUGCAGGGUUUUCAGGCAAUCCCUCUGAUGAACUAUUGGUUCGGUGGUAUCAAACUGGAAUGUGGUAUCCUUUUUUCAGAGCCCAUGCACAUAUCGACACUUUGAGGAGAGAACCCUAUCUUUUGAAAGAAAGCGUCAAAUCGAUUGUUAGGGAUGUCAUCAGACUCAGAUACGCUCUUCUUCCGACUUUCUAUACUGCAUUUCAUGAUGCGAGCGUUAGCGGAGUGCCUGUUAUGAAUCCUAUUUUCUAUGAGAAACCCACACUCGAAGAAACUUAUAGGAUCGAUGACGAGUUUUAUCUCGGAAGGUCAGGAUUACUUGUUAAACCCGUAACAGAAGAAGGAUGUAUGUCAACACAAGUUUUCUUUCCACCAGGGAUUUUUUAUGAUUAUUUCACCCUGCAAUCUUUUUCAAUGGAGAAAAGUGGAUACAGAGAUGUCGAUGUUUCGGAGGAAACUUUGCCACUCUUUAUCGAAGGUGGACAUAUUAUUGUAAGAAAGGAUAGGUAUCGGAGAUCAGCUAGACUGAUGGCAAGGGAUCCGUUCACUUUGCUGAUAGCUCCUAACGCGACACAAGAGGCUUCAGGAAACCUCUACGUUGAUGACGGAGAGACUUAUUCCUAUCAGGAGGGAAAUUACCUGGACGUAUUAUUUACUCUGAAAGAUGGUAUUUUGGAGUCUUCGAUUUCCCAUUAUCCAGCCGACAGGUCUCUCGGAUCGAACCUCAUUGAAGAUAUUAUUAUCGCUACUCCAAAUUUCCAGAAGCCGAGUGGUACAAUUCUCAUCCAACAAGGUGACAUGAGGAAAGAAGUUAAUGUUCAAGUGGAUCCAUACCAUCGUUAUUUUAAAAUCCCUAAUCCCCUUCUUGAAAUAGGGAAGCCAUGGACCAUUCUCUUUUGA